AUGAUAAAGAUAACAAUUAAAUUUACUGUAAGUAAAUAUGAAAAAUUCAUCGAAGAUUGUAAUAUUAGGAGAAAAAGAAAUGAAAUAAUUCUUAGGUCUCUUAAUAGAGUUGAAGACAAAGCUAAAGCAAUUUUUGCUAAAACAGAAACAUUAAAACUGUAUAAAGAGCGUUAUGUUUCUUACUUGAAACAAAAUGAAUUUCUUAAAAAUUCACAUAGAAAUAUUCCAACAGUAUCUCAAGAUCCAUCUUAUCAUGAAGUAGUAUCAAAAUCAGUGCAUUGGAAAACACCUAAUGUUGCAGAAAUUCAAGAAUUUAAUGCAAAUGAAAUUCUGAAACAAAACGACAAAUUCCAUAUUGAUACUACUGAUUUAUUGAAAAAAGAAUAUUUAACAACUAAUCUUGAGGAAAAGUCAAAAUUUCAAAAACAAAAUGAUUAUUUGUAUAAUUUAAGAAGAAAUGGUGUAAAUCAUACUAAUUUUACAACAGAGUUGCCAUUGCAGUCAAUACAUCAGCCACAAUAUCUAAAUCAAAAUUUAAUAUUAUCAAAUAAAAAUAGUUCAAGAGAUAUUCUGUAUAAUGGUUCUCAGGCAGUAGAUGAAAUCAAAGCAAAAAAAAGUGAUGAGGGAAAAGAAGAAAAGCAAACACCUGUAGAAAAUGUUAACAUAACCAAUGUUACUUCUUUGUAUUCUAAUGUUCACAAUGAUAAUAAAGUAAAAGAAAAAAUUUUAAAAGUUCCUGAUCAUUCGCAUGAGGAUAUCUCUCCAAUUGAAAAUUUAAUAAAACACAAAGAAAAAAAUGAAAUGAAAGAAAAAGAAAAAGAAUUUUUAGAAUUUAAUAAAGAUUUUGAAGAAUCUGAUAUUUUUGAUUCGGAGAGAAAAAAUUCUGAUGAAAAUAUUGAAUCUAUUGGUGAAAAAAUUUAUCCAAAAGGAAUGGAUGGUGUAGAUUUUAAUAAUGAAACUUAUCCGGAUAGUUAUUACGAGCAACCAACACACACUCAAAAUUAUCCUACAAAUAUUACUUCCAAUGUUAUUCUGGAAGAAGAUGAAUUCGAGGAAGAAAUGGAUCAAUUCGAACCAGAACCUUCGGUACACAAUUUAAACAAAUCUAACCGAAAUAGUGUAAUGGAAGAAAGAAAUUAUGAUGAAACUAAAAAAGUUUUACCAACAGAAUCUCAUGUGGUUAAUAAUUCUUCAGCUCGACAAGAAAACAAUGAAAAUUUAUUGAAAACUUGGAAAAAUAAUGAUGAAACCUCAAAUACUUUCACCGACUUACGCCAUUCAAUAAUAAAUGAUAUUUCUAAAAAUGACAGUUAUGAUUCAGAUUCAAGUAAAACAGAUAGUAAUAAAGGGUAUGAAGGAGUAAAAACAAAAAAAUCAGAAAAUAACAGUAAUGAAAUAUCGAAUGCAGAUAAUAAUAAUUCAAUAGAAAAAAUAAAAGAUUUAAGCAUAUCGACAAAAAGUAAUUUAGCUCAUCUUUUAGAAUCAGAUUCUGAAUCAUUUCAAAUUGAACAUGGAGAAAUUAUAUCUGGAAAUGAAGACAGUGAUUUCGAUUUCAGCUUUAAUCAAAAUCCCUAA